AUGUCGUCGGCCGCCGGACAACCCAAGCUCGCCCGCCCUCGCCGCGCUUCUCGCGCACCCGUCCGCCUCGGCGCAGGAGCAGGUGACGAGAACGCCCCCUCGGCCGUCUCAGCAGCCAUCCCUCGCGCGGCGCUCGCUGGAAAAGCGGUGGUUGCGCCUGUCGGCAAACAGGCGGUUCAGCAGGUCAAGGGCGUGCAGGUUGCGACGAGUCAGGUUGCGCAGGGUGUUCAGGCGAGGAGGGCGUUUGGGGAUGUCUCGAAUGCGGGUGGAAGGACGCAGGUCGACCGAUCAGCGACGGUGAACGUCCCUGUCAAGCCCGCAACACGCUCUCGCCCUCCCUCCGCCCAAGGCCCUCCCGCUCCUCCGCAGCCUCCCUCGUCGACCGGCACCGGCUUUGGCCGCCUCCGCAUCGACGCGAACGCUCAGCCUACUGCUCCCGCACCGCCUCGCGCAGCCACCGCUGCAGUUGCCGGCAAAGCCCGCCGCGCACCUUCUGCUCGCGCGCCUGUUCAGCCUUCUGCCGUCGCUCCCGCCGCGCCUCGUCUCCAGCAAGGCGAAUGGCCCGGUGCGCAGAGCGCUUUCGGCGGACAUGCCAUCAAGCAAGCUGUCGACGAGCACGGUGUCGUGCCGAACGUCGGUCUCGGACUCGGCUCCGCAGCAGAAGCAUGGAUGGGCGACCAGAUGGCUGUCGACCGCCAUUACCCUCAGGCUGGUCCGUCGCACGCGGCCGGCCACAAGCGCACGCACGACAUCGAGUUCUCGGACGAGGAGCAGCAGCAGUCUGCUGCGCACGCUACGCACGGCCACGGACACGGACACCUUCACGGCGCGCUUCAGCACGAAGACAAAGUCCGUGUCGUCGAGGACGAUGUCGAAGUCGGCGAUGGGGCCGAGGCGGAGGGCGAGAUGAUGGUCGACCCGGAUGACUGGAUCCUCCAGCUUUGCGACGAGGAUGAGGCGGUCGAGAGCGAGAGGCUCAUUGAGGAGAUCAAGAGGGAGUUCAAGGAGGAGAUUGACUACUUCGACAUCUCGAUGGUCGCCGAGUACAGCGACGAGAUCUUCGAGUACAUGGCUGAGCUUGAGGAGGCAUCGAUGCCGAACCCGCGGUACAUGGACCACCAAAGCGAGAUCGAGUGGCCGAUGCGCGCGACCUUGAUCGACUGGCUGCUGCAGGUACACAUGAGGUACCACAUGCUGCCCGAGACGCUCUGGAUCGCUGUCAACAUCAUCGACCGCUUCCUGUCGAACCGCGUCGUCUCGCUCGUCAAGUUCCAGCUCGUCGGCGUUACCGCCAUGUUCAUCGCGUCCAAGUACGAGGAGAUCAUGGCGCCCUCGGUCGAGGAGUUCGUCCUCAUGACCGAGAACGGCUACUCGCGCGAGGAGAUCCUCAAGGGCGAGCGGAUCAUCCUCCAGUCGCUCGAAUUCAACAUCUCGACGUACUGCAGCCCGUAUUCGUGGGUCAGGAGGAUCUCCAAGGCCGACGACUACGACAUCCAAACGAGGACGCUCAGCAAGUUCCUCAUGGAGGUCACCCUCCUCGACCACCGCUUCCUCCGCGCGCGCCCGUCGAUGAUCGCCGCGAUCGGCAUGUACCUCGCGAGGCGGAUGCUCGGCGGUGACUGGAACGAGGCGUUCAUCUUCUACUCCGGCUACACCGAGGCGCAGCUGCUCGUUCCUGCCGGCUUCCUGCUUGAGUCGAUCGCAGCGCCCGGCUUCGAGGAGAAGUUCUGCUACAAGAAGUACUCGUCGAAGAAAUUCCUCAAGGCGUCGAUCUUUGCGCGCAACUGGGCCAAGCAGAACGCCGCGACCGAGGCCGCAUAG